AUGGCCGGACAUUCCAUCCAUAUUCGACACCUACUCCUUUACGAGUCCGAAUCUGGCCACCCCGCUGCUGAAGCCCAUCGAAACAUAAGUCAAGUAUUCGCCACUGAAGCCCCUUCUGAGAGGUCUGUGCGCGCCUGGUUCCAGCGCUUCAAAGCCGAAAACAAGAAACUCGAAGAUGAGCCUCGUUCUGAUCGACUGACUGCAAUAUCGUUCGACGAACUGAAGAAUCUGACGGAGCAGCAUCCAUAUGAAGGUGUGCGGUAUUUUGCUGCCAGCCUUUGCUGUUCGCUGUCCACCGUGAGCAAUGGACUGCGAUCUUUCGGAAUGGUGAAAAAGCUCGGUCAGUGGCUUCCACAUGCAUUGAGCGACGGCAACCGCCAAAGACGCCUGGACAUCUGCACUCAGCUGCUCUCCAGAAGCCGCAGAUUCGCCUGGCUAGACACCAUUGUCACUGGAGAUGAAAAAUGGGUCCUCUACGUCAAUCAUACCCACAAACGUGCGUGGUGCGCUGGCGAUGAAAUGCCGGAUCCUUUCGUGAAAACUGAAAUUCAUGAGGUCAUGUUGAGCGUCUGGUGGGAGGGGGUUUCAUGGAAUCUACCGUUUCGAACAGCUGCUGGACAACACGAAAGUUACUGCCGAGGUUUACUGCGCUCAACUGCAAAGACUGGCCGACAAGAUCCGCAAGAAGCAUCCGAAGCUCAACAACGUUCGCCUGCUGCACGAUAA